CUUCUUGUGUUUCCCGCGAUCAGUAAAAAGAGAAAAUACCCAAUUGAAAACAACCCAGAUCAUGCCAAGAACACAGAAGCAGGCAGACAAUGACAAAAUACCAAGUUCUCAGGUAUCGGGGACACAGGCGGAAAAGGCCCACUCCAGCAUGGAUCGCGGAGAACAGGAAAAGAAACUAAAUGACCUCGUACAGUUCUUAUUGAUUAUGGACCAGAAGAAACUACCAAUUAAAAAACUAGAUAUUAAUAAGCAAGUACUUAAAGAACAUAGCAAGGCUUUCCCAGUGAUGAUCAAACAAGCUGAGGAAAAAUUGAAAAAGAUAUUUGGGAUAGAGCUGGUCAGCUUGGAGGACAAACAGAAGGGAACAUACAUACUGGUCAAUACACUGGACACUGAUGUGGACGAGCAGUUAGAGCAGGUCCCUGGCCUCAGUCUGACCCCAGUGGAGUGGUCAGAGGAUGACCAUGCCAGAACUGGACUUCUGAUGGUGGUGCUUAGUGCUGUGUUCAUGAAUGGUGAAGUCAUGAUAGAUUCACAACUGUACCAUAUGCUGAAGAAACUUGGAGUUGAUCAAGAUUAUACUCAUGCUGUAUUUGGAGAUGUUAAGAAGUUGUUGACCACAGAGUUUGUCAGACAGGGAUACUUAGAACACACCAAACAGCCUAACUCUGAUCCCCCCGUGUACGAAUACCGAUGGGGGUUCAGGGCCAAGAAAGAAAUCACCAAGAGGAAUUGUCUAGACUUUGUCAGCCAGUUAUACGAAAAACAGCCAGAAGAGUGGGUAUCCCAGUUCCAGGUUGUAGAAGAGGAAGAGGGAGAAACGCAAUCCUCUGUUUCAUGACGACAUGAACCAUUCCCAGAAUCCCUUCCUUCUCCCAGCAUGCCAUUGAUGAUAUUUAAAGUCUUUCAGGGACCAAUGAAGAGUCAAAUGGAACAAAUUGUGAUGUACCUAUUUGAAGUGUUGUUAUGUCCAAAUAGGAUCGCUUAUCUGGUUAACCUGUGGUUAAAGCUUUAUGGUGAAACUGAUCCUGUGUCAUAAAAACAAUGAAGACUUAUUGAGAUGGGAACUUCAAGAUCAGUUCAGCAGUGUAAUGCCCUGCCCUUUGUAUAUUAUUGUUAUGCUAACAUAUUUUUUUAAAAAAAGAAUAAAGUUUUUAUAUAAAUUGUUGUUUUGCAGUUAACAAAUAAUUGGCAUCUAGUUAAUGAAAACUGUUUAAAGGAGGUUCAAAACUUGUGUCUCUUUGACCUUGACAUUCUCUGAUGGACAUUAAAUGGAGGUCAGGUCCCUCUGGACACACACUUGUGAAGUACAAGAUUAAAAUAUUUCAGAAACAA